AUGGCCAAUCUACCUGAAGACCGAGUAACCCCUGAGAAACCGCCAUUCAACUACGUCGGAGUAGACUGUUUUGGGCCAUUUUUGGUCAAGCAAGGCCGAAGUCAAGUGAAAAGAUACGGCUGUAUCUUUACCUGUUUGGCGAUUAGAGCAGUUCACAUCGAAGUUCUGCAUUCUAUGGAGACCGACUCCUUUCUCAAUGCCUUGCAGCGAUUCAUGGCCAGACGCGGUCAACCAGAACUGAUCAGAUGCGACAACGGCACCAAUUUUGUCGGAGCUGAGCGUGAGCUGAGGGAAGGGAUUAAACGAUGGAACAAGCAGCAGGUCCACGAGUAUCUUCUUCAAAAGGGGAUCAGAUGGAAAUUCAACCCACCGGCAGCAUCCCACAUGGGAGGACCCUGGGAGAGACAGAUCAGAACAGUCAGGAAAAUUCUGAACACUGUAAUGAAGCAGCAAGUUCUGCAUGACGAAAGCCUAUCAACCAUGAUGUGCUUGGUUGAAUCAGUGAUCAACGGACGCCCACUUACAGUAGUAUCUGAUGACGCGAGAGAUCCAGAACCCUUGACGCCAAACCAUCUUCUCUUGUUGCGUCAGAACAGCGCAUUGCCAGUCGAUGUAUUCCAGAAGCAAGACCAGUUCAGCCGAUCAACCGAGAAACCAGUGGUCCUUGGGGAGAGUCGUCGAGAUCUACGCUGGUGA